AUAAGAGGGGGCCCUGCGCCCCCAUUGGCCCCCACAGUGAGCCUAUAGCAUAGAACAGACCGGCGCUCCGCUGCGCGCACACACACACACACACACACGCUCGUCUGGCUGUCCGUCACCCCAGCAGCCUGGUAUCAUCGAGACGACUACGACGCAUCUGAGCCGGCACACCAUCACACGAGGUUCCACAACCGAGCGAGAUGAAUCUGGAGGCGCCCAAGGCUGAGAUCAAGUCGGCCACCCGGGUCAGCGGGGGCCCCGCCACGCCGCGCAAGGGGCCCCCCAAGUUCAAGCAGAGGCAGACGCGUCAGUUCAAGAGCAAGCCUCCGAAGAAGGGAAUCCAGGGCUUUGGUGACGAUAUCCCUGGAAUGGAGGGCUUAGGCACAGACAUCACCGUCAUUUGCCCCUGGGAGGCCUUCAAUCACCUGGAGCUGCACGAGCUGGCCCAGUACGGCAUCAUCUGAGCCCCUGCGGCCUCAAGGCGCCUGCCUCAGGCUCCAUCUCCCAGCGUCGAACGGGACCAGACAAACGACCACGACGAACUGGAACAAACACACACAAACAAAAAAGAGAAAAAGAUUCUAUAACAAAAAAACAACUUUCUGUCGUAUGACGCUGGAUUCUCCUUCUUCUUCUUCUUCUGCAGCUCACACACACACCAUCAGCUCACGUCUACGAUCUGUCGUCUCACUAGAUCUGCACCAGCGGCAUUUUCUCUCUUCUUGCUUUCCCUUCCACUUGAUUCUUCUUCUCUGACGAACCAAACACGAGACAUGAAGCAGGGCAGAUCUGAAGCCUCACGUGCGAGUUUCAGGAGACAAGCCUGUGAACGUGGGCGAGUUCCCACUUCCUGUGCCCCAGCGCCUCUGUCACCGUCUCCAGAGGCCUUUUCCAUCGACACUGAACAUAUUGAUAAGUCAAAUGUCUUCUGCAGCGUCUGGACACCAACAUUUCUCACUCUGCACCAGGACACGUCAAAUGACCUUCACCCAUUUUUCCCCUCUCCCUCUAAAUCUUCCUGUUAUUUUAAUCUCUGUAGGUGUUUGUAGUGUACAUGAUCUUUGACUUUAUUUUAUUUUUUUGACACAAUUAGGACAAGACACACUUUUAAGCGACAUGUGAUUUAAAAGAGAAAAGUAUUUUAUUUGCCGACACUAACAAAGCAUCUGAGCAGGGAAACUUAUUUUCCACCGUGUUUCCUUGUUUUAACAUUAGUUUCAGAUCUCCCUUGUAUCAUAUUAAUGUAUAUGAAAAUGUGUUUUUUAAUGUUUAUGCUCAUAAAUCCACACGACACAGGCCACCUGUGUGUUUAUGUUUGUGUUUUUAGGCUCAUUAUUUUAUCUGUCAUUUGUUCAUGUGGAACAUCUUCAUCCAUCAUAUUUUCUUUAAAUCUCUGCGUUCUCAUCUUCAUCGAUCGCUCGUCGUGUUCAUGUCACACCUCAAAUUGCACUGAGCUUCCCAGACUGUGAUGUAAUCUCUGUCAUACUGACUUUAUCUCUCAUAAAUUGAUAACUUUGCCCAGGUGAUAAACGCUGAUUAUGUUUCCAGUGACUGUAUUGCAGGAUGGCAGAGGAGUGUUUCAGCACACGCACACACACACACACACACACACACACACACACACACACACACACAGAACUGAGGAGAUGUGUCAUGGAGCUUUGUCCACUCUACAGGAUGAGAGGGAAAAAUAAAGCAUUAAAAAAAAUGGAAAAUAGAAACGGUGACCGAGUGAGUCAGUCGUCUGAAAGUGUAUCACCGUUUUUCUUUGUUUGCUGACACACUAUUCUCAGAUUUAUUAAGAGU